AUGCGCCCUUGCGGAGGGAUCGUCGCGGCACUUCGUGCCAGAGGCCGUCGUGUAACCUCUGGCACACCCCUUGGGAAGAACCCGCCAUCAAAGGUUCCUCGGAGAAGCUUGUUAACAAACAGCUAUGCUCAAGGACCGUCUACUCCGCCAUUGCUUGAGUCGACUGUCGGUGAACAUUUUGCGAAGAUCGUGGCCGAACAUGGCGAUAGAACUGCUGUCGUCUCAAAACACCAGAACGAUCGCGUAUCCUAUGCCUCCCUCGAUGCCAGAAGCAACGCCCUUGCCCGCGGGUUAGAGUCUGUUGGGGUCAAAAAGGGCGAUCGAGUCGGAGUUAUGCUGGGAAAUUCUAUGGAAUAUGCGGUGGCAACAUAUGCUUUGUUCAAACUUGGGGCUAUUCUUGUUCCGCUCAAUCCCUCAUUCAACGCUGCACAAGUGGUGUCUGCACUAAGUCACCUCCAGUCCAGCCACUUGAUCAUCAGUGCCGAGUCCAAUCUCCCUCGCAAAGACCCUCGCAGCAAUGUCCCGCUCCUUGAGCAUCUGGUCGGCAAUCUGGCAUCUUCGAGAUUGGAAUCAGAAUCGGUCCCCUCGCUCAAACAGAUUGUUCUGGUUGACAACUCUGCUGGUCGGUUCGAUGCAUCUUCAUAUCGCAGUCUAACGCCAUUCUCCUCAAUAAUGUCCCAGUUAGCAGCUGAUGGCCGCCCAUUACCUCCACAAAAUCUCUCCCCCCGCGAUAUCGUCAACAUCCAAUUUACUUCUGGUACCACUGCAAUGCCAAAGGCAGCCUGCUUAAGCCAUCGCUCCAUCUUGAACAAUGGAUCACAGAUCGGGGAUCGCAUGCUUCUGACCCCGAAUGAUAUCGUCUGCUGUCCGCCACCAUUGUUUCACUGCUUUGGCUGUAUCCUAGGGUACAUGGCAACAGCAACUCACGGUUCAUCAAUUGUCUUCCCGUCUGAAUCCUUCAAUGCCCGUGCGGCACUCAAAGCAGUCCAAGAAGAGAGAUGUACCGCACUCUAUGGUGUUCCGACGAUGUUCCUGGAGGAACUGAACCUCAUCGAGACUGGAGAGAUCUCGAGCGACGGUUUCCAAUAUUUACGGACCGGUAUCGCGGCUGGAAGCAGUAUCCCUGCAGAGCUGAUGAAGAAGCUCCAUAAGGUUCUGAACCUUACGGAACUAACCAUUUGCUAUGGCAUGACUGAGACUAGCCCUGUCUCGGCGAUGACGACUACUGAUGAUCCGAUUGACAAGAGAAUCAACACUGUGGGAAGACUUAUGCCACAUGUAGAGGCUAAAGUCGUGGACCCAGUAGACAAAAGCCACAUUCUCCCCGUUGGGACGCGGGGUGAAUUAGCUGUCAGUGGUUACCUACUCAUGAAGGAGUAUUGGGACGAUCCCGAAAGGACAGCGGAAGUGAUGAUCGCCGAUAGCGCUGGAAAGGUUUGGAUGCAUACCGGAGACGAAGCAUCUAUGUCGGAAGACGGCUACGUGACUAUUACCGGUCGAAUCAAGGACUUGAUCAUCCGUGGCGGUGAAAAUAUUCAUCCAUUGGAGAUUGAAAAUUGCCUGCUCGCGAAUCCCGGCGUAGGCGAUGUCUCUGUUGUUGGAGUUCCGGAUGAGCGAUAUGGCGAGGUUGUUGCUGCUUUUGUGGUCGCUCGAGAGCAAGGUUCCAAGUCUAUUACCACCGAAGAGAUCCAGAACUGGGUGCGCGAAAAGCUAAGCAACCACCUAGUUCCUAAAUAUGUCUUCUUCCUCGGACCGGCUGAUUCCUUCCCCAAGACCGCAAGCGGCAAGAUCCAGAAGUUCAAGCUCAAGGAACAGGCUAUUAAACUUGUGGCGAGGGGCAAAGAAGCCAUCGCAAAUAUUUAG